GGCCUUAGCGCAGUCGCUGGGUCCGCCGGCUAGAGCCACUGGUUCCCUGGCUCCCUGCCAGCCGGACAAGCUAGAGCGGGCUUCGCCAGACUUUCUCUCCCAAAUUGAGUAAUCCUCGACCUUAUUCCUAAAGGAGCCGGUCCCAGGCAGGACAGCCCUGGCAGAGGACUCCCCGGGUCGACCCACAGGGCAGUGGGCCUUGAGCGUUGCCAUGUGCCCGCCCCACCACUCCGCCCUGUUAGGUCGCCCGAGAACCUGGGGGGCGCUGGGUCGGCGACUCAGGUUGGGGAGAGAAGCCGUAACGGCGACAGCACCUCGGGGGGCUUUGAUCCAGCGGUGUCACGAGGACUGGAGAGAUGUAAACACUGGGCCCCCACUUUGCAGAAUUGGGCGGGCUCCAGCCAAGGUGCCCACGCAGGUGUGGAGACACGCGGGUGCGGGGAGAGCUGGUGGACUUCUGCAGCUUCCCAGGACGGCAAUUCAGCAGUGUCUUGGAAGGACCUUAGAACCAGGCAGGUCCCCCUCUAGGAUGGCGUCCAGGACACACCUGCCUCUCACCAUGAAUCUCGACCUGCACUACGAGCAGCUCAGCGACGCCCGGUGGACGGAGCUCCUGCCUGUGAUGCAGCAGUGCCCGGUGAUCAGGCUGGUGGACUGCGGCGUCACCGAGGGGCGCUGCCGGGACAUGAGCUCCGCACUCCGGGACAACGCCGCCCUGACGGAGCUCAGCCUCUGCUCCAACGAGCUGGGGGACGCCGGCACGGACCUGCUGCUCCAGGGCCUGCAGAGCCCCACCUGCAAGGUCCGGAAGCUCAGCCUCCAGAGCUGCUGCCUGAGCGAGGCCAGCGGCCGGACCCUGGCCAGCGUGCUGCGUGCCGCACCCUCCCUGCGCGAGCUGGACCUCAGCUACAACCCCCUCGGGGACGUGGGCCUCCAGCUGCUCUGUGAAGGACUCCGGGACCCCCAGUGCCACGUCGAGAGUCUGGAGCUGCAGUACUGCAGCCUCUCGGCCGCCAGCUGCGAGCCCCUGGCUGCGGCACUCAGGGCCCGGCCGGAGCUGAAGGACCUGGUGCUGAACAACAACGACUUCGGGGAGGCCGGCGCCCGGACCCUGUGCCAGGCCCUGGUGGACUCCGCCUGCCCGCUGGAGUCACUCAAGCUGGAGAGCUGCGGCCUCACCUCAGCCAACUGUCAGGACCUGUGUGGCGUGCUGGCCACCAAGGCCUCGCUGUGCAACCUGGAGCUGGGCGACAACAGGCUGGGGGACGCGGGCGUUGCGGCGCUGUGCCCCGGGCUGCUGAGCCCCGGCUGCCAGCUGAAGACCCUGUGGCUCUGGGAGUGUGACAUCACGGCCAGCGGCUGCGGGGACCUCUGCCGCGUCCUCAGGGCCAAGGAGAGCCUGAGGGAGUUCAGCGUGGCCGGCAACGCGGUGGGGGACGAGGGGGUCCGGCUGCUGUGCGAGAGCCUGCGGGAGCCCCGCUGCCACCUGGAGUCCCUGUGGGUGAAGUCCUGCAGCCUGACCGCAGCCUGCUGCCCACACGUCAGCGCCAUGCUGGCCCAGAACCGGAGCCUGCAGGAGCUGCAGCUCAGCAACAACAAGCUGGCGGACGCCGGCGUGGAGGAGCUGUGCCGCGGCCUCAGCCAGCCCGGCGUGCCGCUGCGGUCGCUCUGGCUGGGGGACUGCGAGGUGACCGACGCCAGCUGCGGCAACCUGGCCUCACUCCUGCUGACCAGCCGCAGCCUGCAGGAGCUGGACCUCAGCAACAACUGCAUGAGCGAGGUGGGCGUCCUGAGGCUGGCGGAGAGCGCCCAGCAGCCCAGCUGCGUCCUGGAGAAGCUGGUCCUGUACGACAUCUACUGGACGGAGGAGGUGGACGACCGCCUGCAGGCCCUGGCGGAGAAGAAGCCCAGCCUGAAGAUCAUCUGCUGAGCCCCCGCCGGCUCCCAGAGCCGCCGGCCACCGAGUCCCCCGGGGGACUGGCCGGCUCCCGGGGGCUCUUUCCCGGUGCCUUCGCUUUACUGAAGGGAAAGGCUCACCUCGGAGAACGUUUUAGACACUUUAUAGUUAUUAAAGUACUUUUUGAGCA